GCACCCUGGAAGCACGUUUCUCCCCGAAUCAGCUGUGAUGAUGUUGUGUUCCUAUUGCUAAAUUGUUACUAAUGGGGAAAUCUAAACGUAAAUUCAACUGGAAGGCUAGACAACAGUCAAACAUCGUUGUUGACCAUAGCGAGCAGAAAAAGAUAAAGCUAGAUCUAACAAGUGACAAGGCAGAAAAAGUGUCUGUUAGAGAGGAAGAUAGCAAUGUUCUGGUCCUGCCUGGUAAGAAACGAUCGACCAAGAAGAAGAAUGACAACACACCACGGGUGAAAAAACUCAGCAAGAAGGAGAGGAAAAGGUUGCAGCGGGUCAUAGAAGUGAAAGAAAAGAAAUCCAAGAGGGCUGAGCUGCUGCAGUCGCUGAAAGAUGCCCAGGCUUCAUCACAAGAGGCCAAACUCUUCUCUGGCAUCGCUGAAGUGUACACACAGAAAUUCAAGAAUGAUGUGAACAUAGAGACAACGCCCCAGGGGAAAGUUAAGCUCAACACCAUCAGUGGAAGUGGGAAGAAGACGAAACAGAAGAAGUGUCUGGUGGAGGAAGAAGAGUUAUCAGGAAAUGAAUCUGUGUCAUCUGUGGACACUUCUGACAUUUCAACCGAUGAGGAAUGGGAGCUGGAAGAGGAAGAGACGGCAAAUGGAGAGGAAGAUUCUGGGAAUGGGUCAGACAAAGAAGGUGUGGAAUCUGUGGUGGAGAAGAAUGUCGGUGGGAAGGCUGCAGGAGAGACUAAACAGUGUGUUGGUCCAGAGGGCAAGAAGGACCCACCAGUGAAGACAGACCAGCAAAGGAGGCCUGCAGUACAUGUGCUGCUGUCCAGACGGCCAGAGGUUCAGGAGGCGCGGCUGAAGCUCCCCAUACUGUCGGAGGAGCAGGUUGUGAUGGAGGCCAUUAAUGAACACCCGGUGGUCAUCAUCUGUGGAGAGACGGGGUCAGGCAAGACCACCCAGGUGCCACAGUUCCUCUAUGAGGCAGGAUACGCUCAUGGCCGUGGUAUCAUUGGUGUCACUGAGCCAAGGAGAGUUGCUGCAAUAAGUAUGUCCAAACGUGUUGCCAUGGAAAUGAAUCUCACAUCAAGAGAAGUGUCGUACCAGAUUCGGUAUGAGGGCAAUGUUACAGAUGACACUGUAAUAAAGUUCCAGACUGAUGGUGUUCUCCUUAAAGAAGUUCAGAAGGACUUCUUGCUGAGCAAGUACAGUGUGAUUAUAGUAGAUGAGGCCCACGAGAGGAGUGUGUUCACAGACAUCCUCAUUGGCUUGCUGUCAAGGAUAGUACCCCUCAGAGAGAAGAGAGGGAACCCGCUGAAGCUGAUCAUCAUGUCUGCCACACUGCGAGUCGAGGACUUCACUGAAAACAAGAGGCUGUUCAAGGUCACACCACCAGUCAUCAAGGUUGAGUCGAGACAGUUUCCUGUGACGAUACAUUUCAACAAACGAACACCACUGGAUGACUACCUUGCCGAUGCAUACAGGAAGGUAUGCAAGAUUCACCGGCAGCUGCCAAGUGGGGGAAUUUUGGUGUUUGUGACAGGGCAACAAGAAGUACAUACACUGUGCAAGAAGCUCCGCAACACGUUUCCUUAUGCGGCUGGAGAAGCUGUGCAGAAGAAACCAACCAAAGCAGAACUUCGAAAGCAGAAGAAAGAAAAUAAGAAAACAAAAGAAAAAGUGAACCUGCCGAAAGUUAAUCUAGACAACUACUCGGUGGUGCCAGAAGAUGAGGAGGUGGAAUAUGGAGAGCCGGACUCUGAGGAGGAGGUUCGGCUGGACGAUGUAGAGGAUCUCUCUGACCAGGAAGCUGACGCCGGGAGUUCUCCUGACCCAAUGUACGUUCUGCCCCUGUACUCCCUUCUCUCCAGUGACAAGCAGGUCAAGGUGUUUGAUCCUCCCCCUGAAGGAUGUCGGCUGUGUGUGGUCGCCACCAAUGUUGCUGAAACGUCACUCACCAUCCCCAACAUCAAGUAUGUGGUGGACACAGGAAAGGUAAAAACCAAGUUUUAUGACAAGGUUACUGGCGUGUCAACAUUUCGGGUCACGUGGACAUCUAAAGCAGCAGCCAAUCAGAGAGCAGGUCGUGCUGGGCGUGUUGGUGCAGGUCAUUGCUAUAGGUUGUAUUCCUCUGCAGUCUUCAAUGAUGAUUUUGAGAAAUUUGCUCCUCCUGAAAUUUCUCGGCGUCCAGUAGAUGAUCUUAUUCUUCAAAUGAAGGACAUGAACAUUGACAGAGUAGCCAACUUUCCGUUCCCCACUUCCCCGGAUGUGGAACAAAUAAAGGCUGGGGAGAAACUGUUGAUGACCCUGGGGGCGCUGACACCACCACAGAAACCCAAGUCCUACAGAGAUAAGGACAAAGAUACCCCAUCGAAGAUAACGCCAGUCGGUCGAGCAAUGGCGUGUUUCCCUGUGUCGCCACGGUAUGGCAAGAUGUUGUCACUAGGACACCAGCACAACCUGCUACCUUACGUCAUCGCCAUCGUGUCAGCCCUCUCCGUCGACGAGGUCUUCAUGGAGAUACAACCUGCCUCGUCUACAGACACAGAGAAGGAGGACAUGAAGCAGAGGCUGUCACGGACGAUGCAGAUCAAGAAGAUGUGGGCAGGGCAGGGUAACUCGAUGUUGCUUGGCGACCUGAUGAUCCUCUUAAAGGCCGUUGGAUCAUGUGAAUAUGAGGGAUUCUCCCAAGACUUCUGUCACAAAUUCGGUAUCCGCUUCAAGGCCAUGAAGGAGAUUAGAAAACUACGAGCACAACUCACAAAUACAGUCAAUGGAGUCAUCCCGGAGGCUGACCUGUGUGUUGACCCGAAGCUGAUCCCACCAAAUGACCUUCAGGCCAAGCUACUUCGUCAGAUUGUAUUAUCCGGGCUUGCUGAUCACGUGGCCAGACGAGCCCCUGCACCACCUCCGGGGGCGACAGAGGAUGAGAAGAAGCUGAAGCAUGCUUACUAUUUUCACCCGUGCGUGGCAUGUGCGGCAAUGUUGCCACCUCAGGAUUCGCACGAUGUGUGCCUACGUUGUUUGGCUGUUGAACAUCAUGAUGAUCAAUCGUGUGAGAACUGCCAGAUUUUCUCACCAAAGACGACGAAGCGUCGUUCCGCAGACUUUUUGUUUUAUACAAAUCUGCUGCAGGCGGGGGGGGACUUAUGGGCACAGGACCCACCAUCUAAAGUGGCUAAAAGUAAGAAGAGUUCUUCUUCUUCUAGUGGGGGUGGGGGCUCUUCCCUGGGUCCUCGGCACCCUGGCUCAACCUCGAGCCUAGGGUCGGUCGGGCCAGGCGCCUUUGGCUCUUAUGGCUCCCCUAUCUUUGUCUGUGGAACCGACUUCCGCGGUUCUCGAGGCUUAACUCUGGAUACCGAGUUCGCUGUCGGGGAGCGGAGGAGGAAGCCAUGGAUGACGACGGGGCAUGAGACGCCGGGGAAGGUUCCUUCGCUGGUCCGCCCCGCGAGGAAGCUGGUGGACCAGGAGGGCGUGGACGACGACGGUCGCCGCCCACGCGCAUGCAGGCAGCUCACGGAGGUGCAUUCACAUCUGGCACGCCGACGCCAUUCGGUCGCGGCGCUUAGCCAGAUGAUGUCUGCGGUCAUGGGCCUCCGCCGGUUGUGGCUGUCUGUGGCCAGAUACUCACCGCUACACAGCAGGCGCUAUUGUCUUUGCCGCUCAGGAUGGGCUCAACCCUGUUCCCGGGCAUUGACAGUGGUCAGGAGGCCGCUGGAGGCGUGGAAGCGAGGCCCUCCUCCUUUCUCCGGGAUUCGUUGCACGCCAGUGCCGAACUCUCAGGAAAAGGCCGAUGUUCUCCGUGCCGAGGUCCAGGCGUUGCUGGACAAGGCAGCCAUCGAGGUGGUUCCGAGGGGCCAGGAAAAUUUAGGGGUUUACUCAACCUAUUUCCUGGUUACCAAGAAGGACGGAGGGUUCAGACCCAUUCUCAAUUUAAAGGGUCUGAACAGUUUGCUAGAGAGUGGCUUCAUCCUCACCUCAGGUGGUGGACCGACACCGGAAUCUAGUCAGGGAUCCCGGAUCCGGGAGCCAUCGCCCGAUGCCUUCCAGCUAGAUUGGACGGACAGGGUCCUGUGGGCGCUCCCACCGAUACCUCUGAUUCCCAGAGUCCUAUCGCAGCUAGCCACCCAACCAGCGCGACUACUUGUGCUUCUUGCACCUCUGUGGUCGCCUCAACGCUGGUUCCCUGUAAUACUCAGAUCGCUAGUACAGCCUCCGUGCUGUUACCGAUGCGACCGACCUCCUAUUCCAGGAAGGCCAGCCACACCCGGAUCCAUGGAUCCAGUGGGUGGCUUGGCCACUGUCAGGAGUAUCGUGGCUGUUGAGUGUGAGUGGCUGCCUGUGUUUGCCCCCUCCUACUGCGUGUUCUCCAAGCCCCAAGACGACCCUCCACCCUGCUACAAGGCCCAGACUGGCGAGGUGUUCUGUCACAUGACCAGCAGCUAUGGUCGAGCCAACUGGCCAGUGCCAGCAGUACCACUGUCUUACCCCGCCGGCCUUGACCGAUACAAGUGGUUCGCCCGCUUCCUGCUGGAGGGUCAGGUGGUGCCACAGAUGAAGCAGUUUGUCCCUACACUGCUGUCCACACCGUCGACCAUGGUGAAGUCCUGGGCCAGACUGCAGCCGAGGACGGAGACGCUGCUGUCUGCCCUUGUGGAGGAGGGUGUGGACUGCCUGUCUGCUCUCACCACUGUCUGGAGAAGCAAGCCCAACUAUCUGUUGGAGGCUUACCUUGAGUGGCUACCGGAGGCACUACAUGGGAAGGUCAAGUUAAAAUGGCCACCACUGCAGACAUGAGGUGUGCUGGAGACAGAAGACAGAAAACUCCACUUGUUAAUAUAGUGUAUCAUGUAAAUUGAAUUUUGUAAAUAAAUCAUGACAUGAU